GAGUGCCCCAAACGGGCCAUGGACAUCGCACUCCUCUUCGACGGCUCGGGCAGCAUCAAACCCGUGGACUUUAGAAAGAUGAAGACGUUUCUCUCUGAGACCAUGAAGCGUUUCCAUGGCACCAACACGCAGUUCGCGCUCAGGCAGUACUCCGAUAAGUUUAAAGAGCACUUCAACUUCACGGAGUACAGCAGAAAUCGUGACCCGAACGACCUUGUCUGGAGAGUUCAGCAGCUUCGUGGAAAGACGCACACGGCCACCGCCAUCCAGAAAGUGGUGCAGGAGCUGUUCACCUCUGGGGGCGGCGCUCGGAGUGAGGCCUCCAAGAUUCUCAUUGUGAUCACAGAUGGGCGGAAAUAUAAAGACCCACUUUCUUAUUCAGACGUUAUCCCCGAGGCGGAGAGCGCUGGGAUCACCCGCUACGCCAUUGGGGUCGGCGAUGCCUUCUCCAGCGAUGAUGCUCAACAAGAACUCCAAGAGAUCGCCUCUGCACCCGCCGACCAGCACGUCUUCCGGGUGGACAAUUUCGACGCCCUCCAGGGCAUCCAGAGCCAGCUGCAGGAGAAGAUCUUCUCCAGCGAAGGCACCCAGUCCCAGAGCAGCAGCUCCUUCCAGCUGGAGAUGUCUCAGGAGGGAUUCAGCUCCCUGCUGUCCCCGGAGGGGCCGGUGCUGGGAGCGGUGGGAGCCUACGACUGGUCUGGUGGGAUAUAUUUAUAUGGGACCAGUGGGGAGCCGAGCUUCAUCAAUGUGUCCAGAACCUCCAGCGACAUGGAUUAUGCUUACCUGGGUUAUUCAUCUCAGGUCAUCACCGCCCACGGGCAGAGCAGCUACGUGGUCGGGGCCCCUCGCUACCAGCACGUCGGCAGAGUCGUUCUGUUCAGCCGAGAUACCAAUGGCGUGCAAUGGGCAGCCAGCUGGGCGAAGGAAGGAGAGCAGAUUGGCUCGUAUUUCGGGGGUUCGCUGUGCGCUGUGGACCUCAACAGUGAUGGGAAGACGGACCUGGUUCUGAUCGGAGCCCCCACGUUCUAUACACCUCUGAAUGGAGGGCGGGUGUAUCUGUGCUUGGUUAGCCAGCAGGGCAUCACGCUGAACUGCACCACGACCCUGCAGGGGCAGAAGGGUCAGGCAUUUGGACGCUUCGGGGCCAGCAUGUCUGAAAUGGGGGACAUCAGCGGGGACGGACAGACGGACGUGGCCAUCGGGGCUCCCACAGAGAAUGACAACAGCGGGGCUUUGUACAUCUUCCACGGGGAAACGGGAGGCCUCAGUGCCCAGUACAGACAGCGCAUAGGGGGGGCGCAGUUCCCCAGCAGGCUGCACUACUUUGGCCAGGCCGUCAGUGGCGGGACAGACCUGACGGGGGAUGGGCUGCCGGACAUCGCGGUGGGAGCACAAGGGCAGGUCCUGCUGCUGAGGUCUCGGCCAGUGCUCAGAGUCGGGGUGUCCAUCAACUUCCCCCCCCCCACGAUCCCCACCUCAGCCUUCGACUGCCAGGAGCAGGAGCAGCUCAACAUGGAGGCCAGCAUGUCAGAGAUCUGCUUCACCAUCACAAAGAGCACCAGGGACAGCCUAGGUAACAGGAUCUCCAGCACCAUCCAAUACAGCCUGGCCCUGGAUCCCGGGCGGAGGAAGAUCCGAGCUGCCUUCGGCUCCACUGGCCCUGUCCUGAGCAGGGAGCUGCAACUGGGCAUUGAACGGAGAUGUGAGACACACCCGAUAAUGUUACCUCUCUGCCCUGAGGACACUCUGACCCCCAUCACCCUGCGCCUCAACUAUACCCUGAAGGGGGAGCCCAUCACUGCCACCAGCAGCCUCAGACCCAUCCUGAGCGAGGACUCUGCACUGGUGUCAGCAGGCUCGCUCCCGUUUGAGAAAGACUGCGGCGAUGACAAAGUCUGCACAGAUGAACUACACAUUUCCUUCAAUUUCUCAGGCAUGAGCACCUUGGUGAUGGGCGUCACCCCUGAACUCAACAUCACCGUCUCCAUCCAGAACCGCGGGGAGAAUUCCUACAGCACCGCAGUGCGGUUCUUCUACCCGGCCGCACUGUCCUACCGCCGGGUCCUGCUGCUCCAGUCUAACAGGAGGACCAUGGCCAUUAAGUGCAGCUCAGCAGUGAGCUCGGAGGAGCAGACUCAGAGGAACAGCACCUGCCACAUCAACCCCCCCAUCUUCUGGAGCGGAGCCGAGGCCGUCUUCCUCGCCACCUUUGAUGUCUCCUCUGAGGCCGACCUGGGGGACAGGCUGGAGAUGAUGGUCAGCGCCAGCAGUGACAACGGCGGCCCCGUCACUGAGCGCAUGGGUCACCAGGCAGAGCUGCCGGUCAAGUACGGCAUCUUCAUCAUCCUCACCAGCCUCGAGGAGUCGACCAAGUACGUCAACUUCUCCGCCAAGGCGGCAGAGACAAGCGCGCCAGUGACACAUCAGUACGAGGUGAAGAACCUGCGGCAGCGAAGCGUCCCCCUGUCGGUCACGUUCCAGUUCCCCGUGGAGCUGAGCGGGGUCCGUGUGUGGGACGCCUCUGAGGUCGUCCCCUCCAAGCCCCAGCUGGCUCAGUGCACCGGUGAGGCAGAAACAUCUGGUUCCAAGGACUUUCUGAAGCAGAUGAACGAGCGCCCCCUGCUGGACUGCUCUGUGGCCACCUGUAAGAAGAUCCGGUGCACAAUCGCCUCCCUGGAAAUGCAGCAGCCGCUGGAGUUCAUGAUCAAAGGGAAUGUCGGCUUCCAGUGGGUCUCCCAGACUCAGCAGCAGAAAGUGACCCUGGUGAGCGAGGCCCGGAUUGAAUACGAGGAGAAGAAAUACACCCAGAAGGAGGGAUUUGUCCAGCGCCAGGUGCACACAGUGGUGGAGCAGCUCGUGGUCUAUAACUACCUGCCCAUCAUCGUGGGCAGCAGCGUGGGAGGCCUGGUCCUGCUGGCUCUCAUCACUGCAGCCCUCUACAAGGUGGAAGCAGCAGAUAGACAUUUUAAGGCAAAAGCUCUAGUGCAGACCUGGCCAGAGAGCUGUAGACCUGGAGAGGGAAAAGCAGAGCUCAGAAAUCAUCCUGUUCCCUCCCAAGGGCCGGCCUCCUGCUCUCAGUUCCCCUGCUUGGCACUCAGCUGUGGGCUCGGCUCGGCAGAGCUCUGACACCCAGAAGUCAACCCCCCUCCCGCUGGGAAUGGACCCCUGGCUUCAGCUCCUCUGCCUGU